AAUCCCGAGGCGUUCCCAGGCAAGCCGAGAGAUGUCGUCCGUCCAGCAUGUCCUGGGUCUUCCCCGCGGCCUCCUCCAGAUGGGACAUGCCCGAACACCUCAUCAGGGAGGCGUCCUGGAGAGGUUCCACAUCAAUAUGUCUACAAGGUGGAUGAAGCUCUUCAAGAUGACCAGCAGCUGUGCAACCAGAACUCAAACCUGGACCAGGAGGAACCAGAGUCUGCUCGUAUUAAAGAGGAAGAGGAGGAACUCCUCAGCAGUCAGGAGGAAGAGCAGCUUUGGCUGAAGGAUGAAACUGAUCAAUUUCAACAGCUCAUCCAGGGGAAUCCCGAGGCGUUCCCAGGCCAACCGAGAGAUGUCGUCCGUCCAGCAUGUCCUGGGUCUUCCCCGCGGCCUCCUCCAGAUGGGACAUGCCCGAACACCUCAUCAGGGAGGCGUCCUGGAGAGGUUCCACAUCAAUAUGUCUACAAGGUGGAUGAAGCUCUUCAAGAUGACCAGCAGCUGUGCAACCAGAACUCAAACCUGGACCAGGAGCAACCAGAGUCUGCUCGUAUUGAAGAGGAAGAGGAGGAACUCCUCAGCAGUCAGGAGGAAGAGCAGCUUUGGCUGAAGGAUGAAACUGAUCAGUUUUCAAUACCGGCUGCUCAUGAGGAAGAUGGUCACAGUGAUCCAGAACUAGACAGGGACCAUAUUCCCUCUUACAGUCCUCCUGCAGACCAACAUUCACCUUUAGAGGAAAGCAUGGUUGAAGACUCAGGACCAACAACGUGUGCAGAUACACAGCCUGAAAAGAGCUGUCUAACGGAGACAAAUGAGAACGUAGGAGAGUCCUUUCUGUUAGAAAGUCAUUGUAAUGAAAGAGAUGAGAAACAACAUUCCUGCAAGUUCUGUGGGAAACAGUUUAAAACGAAAAGUAAGUUAACUGUUCAUGUAAGAACUCACACAGGAGAGAGACCAUAUUCUUGUAAAACAUGCGGGAAAUGCUUCAAUCAAAAUUAUAAUUUGUUAAGCCACAUGAGAAUUCACACAGCUGAGAAGCUGUAUUCUUGUCCAACAUGUGGAAAAUGUCUCAGUCGCCAGAGUACUUUGGUGAACCACAUGAGACUUCACACAGGUGAGAAGCCGUAUUCUUGUCAAACAUGUGGAAAAUGUCUCAGUCGCCAGAGUACUUUGGUGAACCACAUGAGACUUCACACAGGUGAGAAGCCAUAUUCUUGUCAAACAUGUGGAAAAUGUUUCAGUCACAAGUGUACUUUGGUGUACCACAUGAGACUUCACACAGCUGCGAGGCCGUAUUCUUGUCAAACAUGUGGAAAAUGUUUCAGUCACAAGUGUACUUUGGUGAACCACAUGAGACUUCACACAGGUGAGAAGCCGUAUUCUUGUCAAACAUGUGGAAAAUGUUUCAGGCACAAGAGUACUUUGGUGAACCACAUGAGAAUUCACACAGCUGAGAGGCCAUAUUCUUGACCAACAUGUGGAGAAUGUUUCAAACAAAAUGAUGAUUUAAAGUACCACAUGAUCACUAACAGAGAAUGUCAAAAGCCACCUUCUAUAUGUGGAAACUAGUCAACUAUCUUUGGCCUGCGUGAUCAUAUCUAAUCACUAUUAGAGCUGGCCUGCUGAUACAGCACAUGUACCAAGGCAAGGCAAAUUUAUUUGUAUAGACAAUUCAAAGUGCUUUACAUAAAUACUACAAGUCCCACAAUGCACUGCCAGUACGUUUGCAAUCACAGGCCCGCGAGCGAGUACCUCACCGAUUCUCCAGAAACCUGACGGAGCUGCUCACCUUUGUCAACAACCCCUCUCCCCAGAAAAUGGCUAAAGGAAAAGUGGAAUUUGUAAACAGAGAAUAUGUUUGUGGAUGUAAAGGACAAAGCUGUGUGUCUUCUGUGUGGAGACAGAGAGGCUGGAAUGAAGGAAUACAACGUAAGAAGACACCUUGAAAUGAAGCACCACCACA